UGUGGAAAGCAAAGAAAGUGCUCAAAAAUGCCGAGUCAAGAGGUUGUGACUACAAAAGUGGUGGUUCACCCUUUGGUUUUAUUGAGUGUAGUUGACCAUUUUAAUCGUAUGGGAAAGAUUGGUAAUCAAAAAAGAGUUGUCGGUGUCCUUUUGGGUUGUUGGAGGGCCAAAGGUGUGCUGGACGUGUCAAACAGUUUUGCAGUACCCUUUGACGAAGAUGACAAAGACAAAAGUGUAUGGUUUCUUGACCAUGAUUAUCUGGAAAACAUGUAUGGAAUGUUCAAAAAAGUUAAUGCUCGUGAAAAGGUAGUAGGAUGGUAUCACACUGGGCCUAAAUUACAUCAAAAUGAUGUUGCUAUCAAUGAACUCAUUAGGAGAUAUUGUCCUAAUUCUGUGUUGGUCAUCAUUGAUGCUAAACCCAAAGAUCUUGGUCUUCCAACAGAAGCAUAUCAAGCUGUUGAGGAGGUUCACGAUGAUGGAUCACCAACGUCUAAAACCUUUGAACACAUCCCUAGUGAAAUUGGUGCAGAGGAAGCAGAAGAAGUAGGUGUAGAACAUUUAUUGAGAGAUAUAAAAGAUACUACUGUUGGUACCCUUAGCCAGAGAAUUACAAAUCAGCUAUUAGGCUUGAAGGGCCUUCACGAACAAAUUAGGGAAAUUAGAGAUUACCUGCUUCAAGUUGGCAGUGGUAAAUUACCAAUAAAUCAUCAGAUUGUUUAUCAACUACAGGACAUUUUUAACCUGUUACCCGAUAUGACGCACAGUAAUUUCGUCGAUUCACUAUACGUAAAAACGAACGAUCAGAUGUUAGUUGUGUAUCUCGCGGCUCUUGUUAGAUCCGUAAUAGCGCUACACAAUUUGAUUAAUAAUAAAUUAACUAAUCGCGAUGCCGAGAAAAAAGAAACAGAUAAGAAAGAAACGAAGAAGGACGAAAAGAAAGAAGACGAGAAAAAGGAUGAGAAAGAUAAAGCAAAAGCUAAAAGCCAGUGAAUAAAGUGAAAUCGAGACUAACUUGUGCGAUUGAAACUUAAUCUUACAAAAGGUCACAAAACUUACGGAAGUUUGUUUAUACAUGUACAAAUGUAUUUCAUGCUUUUAAAUGGCCGGUAUUUCGAGUCAACACCAAAAAUAAAAAUGUUUUUCUUAUGUGUUCCAGUAUAGUAUGAAUUUAAAAAGUAUUUACAUUAGAUAAAGGAUAUGAUAGUAGGAACGCAGUUACACAUUUCCACAAUUUAAAUUUAGCAAACGGAGUAUAAUCAUCGAAAAUUGUAACAUUAAAUAAUUUUUUUCACGAAACAACGCAACAAAUAUGAUCACCGAGUUUUUACUAGUAACUUUUGUUAUAUCGUUAGGAAUGAGAAUCUGCUUCAAACUACAUAACUUUUUGUAAUGUAUCGAUAUCGACAAACUACGGUCAUUUUCACGUGAAUUGCUCAAUCACUGUCAACAAUUUGCCCCACAUGUACCGAAGUUUUCUAUAUUAUUUGAAGAUACUAGAUAAGAUUACCUUAUUGUAGACAAUUUAGGCGCUACAGACAUAUUUUUUAAAAAAAACUUGAGCUAUCAUAAUUAACACAUUACAUAAUUAAUAAAAAAAAAAAAAAACAGAAGAAUCGAUCACUCGAACAAACGGUUUUAUUUAUUCUUUGUUAAUACAAAGGGACUUUACGGAAGAUCAAGAUGAGAUGCAUUCAAGUUGAGAUCGAUCGUGCACAACUUGUUUUGUAUCAUACAAAUUCAUACUUAAACGUAAGUACGCGCGUCAGCGCAAAAUUGUCUACUGUGAAACAGCAUUUUAUCAUGCCUGUACCUGUACGAUACAUAAUUUGAGAUACACGCUGUUUUUCAUUAA